GCAAGGCACUGUACAUACAGUCCUGUAAUACGGAUACGUAACAAACAAGGCGGUGAGACGGCCCCACGAAAUAGGGCAUUUCCUCUCCACAAUGCGGGGACCAAGAUCCUUGUUCGCUCUCUACAAUGUGCCAGCAGGUUCCUGGGUAGACAAUUAUUUCUCAUGAGCGAGCUACAGGCAGUGUCUAGUACCUGGCGCAAGAAUAUCCAUCGCCGUGCUGCUGUCAUCUAUGCAAUACUCAGGGUGAUGGAGGGCUUCCCCGCAUCAGACGGCCCCACAAAACGAGUUGGAGAAGUGCAGGGGGAAUGCCGACGUGGGGGUCAUUCGAAGCUUUCAGGUAUGUUGACAAUUGAAUUAUGGAAAAAUACUAACAGAGACAGCUGCGUAUGUUGUUUACACUGUUGGAUAGCGUGGUACAUGUCGUUGACCAGUAUGUAG